CAGUGAGCCUAUGGGAGCGCUCGGCUGUCUCCUCCUACGCCAUGCACGAAAGUUGGCCACUUAAACUACUUCCAACCAGCCAGCAGACAUUACACUGAAUCCAAACUACACCAAGGGAAAAAGAAUAACACUGCAUUUUAUCUACCGCAGAUACUUUGGGUGCAAAUCAUCUAUUUUGCAAACUUUCCUUUGUAGAGAUUUUUUAGAUUUUAUUUGAUGCUUUCUUUAUUCUCUCUCUCUCUCUCUUUGGCAUAUCUAUCGCAGCAGAGGAAAGCAUCACUUUUAUUUUUUCCCCCGGUGGAAGAAGGGCUAGUCCAGUUUCUCCGCCUGGGAUUGGGAUUUGACAGCAGCAGAGCAUCUUGUUUUCAGCAUUUUUAAUACAUUCCGGGUUUUUUUUAUUUUAUUUUAUUUUUUAUUUUUUUGGCUUGGACUUUCUAAGAGUAGCAGUUUCGAGCAGACCCCGGUUUGUGUUUGUCUGUGUAGCUACAUGAUGGCUACUUUACCAGGAACAGUGCCUCGGAUGGUGCGCCCUGCGCCAGGCCAGAACUACCCCCGAACCGGCUUCCCCCUGGAAGUAUCCACGCCUCUGGGCCAGGGUAGGGUGAACCAGCUUGGCGGAGUGUUCAUCAACGGGAGGCCCCUGCCAAAUCACAUCCGACACAAGAUAGUGGAGAUGGCCCACCACGGCAUCCGACCUUGCGUAAUCUCGCGACAACUGCGAGUUUCUCACGGUUGUGUCUCCAAGAUCCUCUGCCGGUACCAAGAGACCGGCUCGAUCCGUCCCGGGGCCAUAGGAGGCAGCAAGCCCAGGCAGGUGGCAACGCCUGACGUGGAGAAGCGGAUCGAAGAGUACAAGAGAGAAAACCCGGGCAUGUUCAGCUGGGAGAUCCGGGAUAAGCUGCUGAAGGACGGGGUGUGCGACAGAAGCACAGUUCCUUCAGGUGAGGCUUCAUCUGUGAGCUCCAUCAGCCGCGUUUUGAGGGCCCGAUUUGGCAAAAAAGAUGACGAGGAUGACUGUGAUAAGAAGGAUGAAGAUGGAGAAAAGAAAACAAAGCAUAGCAUCGAUGGCAUCCUCGGUGAUAAAUGUAACCGGACAGAUGAUGGUUCAGAUGUCGAUUCUGAGCCCGACUUGCCUCUUAAAAGGAAGCAGAGGCGCAGCCGCACCACUUUCACCGCCGAGCAGCUGGAAGAGCUGGAGAAGGCUUUCGAAAGGACGCAUUAUCCUGACAUCUACACCAGAGAGGAGCUGGCUCAGAGGACGAAACUUACAGAGGCCAGAGUACAGGUCUGGUUCAGCAACAGGCGGGCUCGGUGGCGCAAACAGGCCGGGGCCAAUCAGCUAGCUGCCUUCAACCACCUUCUUCCUGGAGGAUUCCCACCCACGGGGAUGCCAACUUUACCCACAUACCAGCUACCAGAGUCCAGCUACCCCAGCACCACACUAUCGCAGGAGGGCAGCAGUACAUUGCACAGGCCCCAACCCUUGCCUCCAUCCUCCAUGCAUCAGGGAGGUCUGAGUGCUGACAGCAGCUCUGCUUACGGUCUGUCGUCCAAUCGCCACAGCUUCUCCAGCUACUCUGACACAUUCAUGAGCCCCUCAGCAUCCAGCAACCACAUGAACCCCGUUGGCAACGGGCUCUCCCCGCAGGUGAUGAGUAUCCUGAGUAACCCUAGUGCUGUACCCUCCCAGCCCCAGCACGACUUUUCCAUUUCCCCCCUGCACAGCAGCCUGGAGAGCUCCAACCCCAUCUCAGCCAGCUGCAGCCAGCGCUCUGACACCAUCAAGAGUGUGGACAGCCUGGCUUCCUCGCAGUCAUACUGCCCUCCUACAUACAGCGCCACCAGCUACAGUGUGGACCCCGUCACUGCUGGCUACCAGUAUAGCCAGUAUGGCCAGACUGCUGUAGACUACCUGGCUAAAAAUGUGAGCUUGUCCACCCAGAGGAGGAUGAAGCUUGGAGACCACUCGGCAGUACUGGGGUUGCUGCAGGUGGAGACGGGACAGGCUUACUGAAGCCACUCGGGACAAACCCUGCACCUCUCUCUAUUUCGCCCUCUGCCACCCUCCUCCAUGCUCCAUCAAGUCUGGACUGCAACUCCAGCUCGUCUAUCUGCAGCUCGGCCAUGACAUCAGUGAACAGACGCGCGCCCUCACUCUGUACCAGAGAAAGUGACGCUUGUGAGAGAGUGAAAAGUCCCUUUUCGGGAAUGGAGCUAAACUUUUCACACCACCAGGCGGCUCUGCACCCUUUCUCCCCACCCUUUGGGCAUAAUUGCCCGCUUCUUGUACUCAUGUCCUAGCCUCAGACCUGUUUAUUUUACUCAGUGGGCCAAAAAGGACCCCCAGAUGACCAAAGGAUGGUCAACUUCAUUGGCCCAGAUUCCUCCUUGUCAUGGCUGCAGUCCAGCACACAUUUAGAGCCAUCAACAACAUGUACUUUUGACCUUGCUGUUCAUAGUAGUUAACAAAGCCAAUAUCAUUUGAACGACUCUUCUUCUUGUUCUUUUUUGAUAUUGUUAAGACUAUUGUUGCUGUUAUAUGAUUAUGGUUAAUGUGAUUUCUGUUGUUCUUUGAUUCCAUUCGUAUCUCUUUUCUCCGUUAGAUGUCAGUGUGUAAAACACAGAGAAUGACUGAGAUGAUCUGGGAGCGAUGCAUGUUUGCGUGUCGACACACAGUCACACAAAAGAGGAUGAUUGUUUUCCAAGCUGCUGUUCCUCUGCCUGUUCCCUGAGCUCAAAUAUUCGUGAGCGAUUUGACCUUCCCACUUUCAUAUUCGUCUUGACAUUCCUAAAGAACUUGGCCAUACUGUGGGAAGUCUGGCUGGCUGGAUUCUGCAGGGAAUUAAAGCAGCGUUUUGGCGGCCAAUAGCUUUCCCCUUGUAACCUCCAUCCCAUCCUUAGUGGUGGUCCAUAGGGAGGAGGGCAUUGUUUGCAAAAACAGGAUUGGGGAAAUUAAUGUAUUUUGAAAUAUGGACCUUGCCAAGCUCAACCACCCCCUCAUACGAACACACACACACACACACACACACACACACACACACACACACACACACACACACACACACCUCCCCAUUCCUCCCAAAUCCCAUCUGCCAGGGAAUCCUGUGUGACUUAAACAGUGUGAAGCAGAUUAAAUCACACGAAUAUAAUGUCAAAGCUAAUUCACAGUGACCCUUCUCAUCACUAGCCAGUAUUUCAGUUUUUUUUAUAGCAUAAUUAGCACAUUUUGUAAAUGCACACUGUGUUGGCUUUCCACCUUUCGACUAAAUUCCUUCAGAACAUUCCUCAGCCUCCAUCUCCAACAUACUAUAGGCAUUCCAGCAUUCUCUGUUAUGAGAUUAAAAAGUAGACAAGCUGUGCCAUUCACAUGCACUCUGGAAAAUCAUAUAAUCCAGUCAGUUGUGAAAGGGCACAGGUAACUCCGCUGAUUGGCCCCCUUCUCUGGUUUGGACCAGAGCCACGUCUAAUCCUCCACUUUCACAUACUCACCCAAAUGUACAAAAAAGACGAAAAAAAAAGUUUAAUAAUAGUGGAUAUGAGACAUUUGUGUAGCACGCGUUGUUGACUUGAUCCAGGACCAGCUGUUCCCUUGAGAUGUAUGUGAUAUUUUUCAUUGACACCAGUGUGAUUAUUAUGACAGUUAAUGCUCAAGAAAGGAUCUGGUCCUUUGUCGCCUUUAAAAUCUGAAAAAAUGUACAGUAGCUGGAGCAGAUUGUGUAUCGUUUCUUUAUAAAGAGUAUGUUUUAUACUAAAACAACACUAUGUUGAGUGGUAGGUAAGCAAGGGAUCUGUGGAAGGAAAUGUUUUGGUUUUCUUUUUCUGUUUCCUUUUUAAUGUAUUUAAUUGGUUUACUUGUUUCAACCAAAAGUUUUGAGUCUGUUUUUUUUUUCUGACCCAGGUAAGAAUUGAUUUGUAUAAAUUAGUAAAAUAUAAAUUCCACUGAAAAUGUUCCAAUUAAAAUGACAUUUAAGAGGGUAAAACUGAGCUUGAAGGAAAAUGAAAGCUUGGUGUCACAGACAGACUCCCCCUGAACCACAGGACCGCUGUAUAUUUAAAAGUUGGCUGAAUUAAACAUCUUCAGGGUGUUUUUGACCGCCUGUUUUACAGACUGAGUAUAAAAGCAGGCCAGCUAUCACUGGACCAAGGACCUAACACACCUGAGCCUUCGGUGUGUGACUCUGCCAAUGGACCAGCGUGAUGAUGAUGAUAAUAAUGCCAGAGACAACAGGCUUUCUACUCUGGGAAUUUGUUGGAUUUGUGGACCAAUAAGACUUCAGGAGAAAACGUCAAAGUAAUGCUGACUCCGCACUGAACCGCAGCAGUUGCUGCUCCAACUGCUUCACUUAGACGCCUCACUCAUGUGUAUAUUUUAAAAAGGAAGAGUUUUAGAAUUGUCUUUAGUGUAUCAAACCCAUUUCUAACACUCGCAUCAAUAAACAUUUGGGUAUUUAAGGCAUACAACUCCUUCCCUCCCAGCCCUCCCCCCUCCCUCCUCCCGUCUGUUUGACCCUUAACCUGUUUAGUUGCUUUUUGACAUCUGUGCUUUGCUUUACUCCUUUUUCUGUUCCGCAUGUGUGUAUAUUAUCAUGGUAUAAUUUAUUCUGCUGUAUGAAGUAUUAGAGUAGUGGGAAACUUGUAUUGGUAUUUACUACCUUCAGCCUGUUGGUGUGUUUACUGUAACACUGGCGUAACUGUUAUCAAUUAAAGAUCCAA